AGUUGUUUCUAUUAGUACAAGAGGUAUGACAACAUUAAUUUUCUUUUCUCUUUUCUGAAAUAGGCAAUUUAUGGAGGAACUAGUCACUUUAAUUGAGAGGACGCCUAAAAUAAAAUCAGCAUCUAGGUGGAAGCAACCACAUGUUUUGAAAAAUUUGCCUCUUCCACUUUGCAAAGCCAUGAAACCCAAAUCAUGGAGGCAAGUUUAUUCAAUGAAAGAAGUGAACAGUAGUUUGUCAAAAGUGCAAGUUAUUGGUUUUGCUCAGAAGCUGGAUGUAUAUGGAGCUCUAAAAGUAUCAGCUGUAAGUUCUGGGUAUUGUCUUGGGAGCUGUAACUGGACACUCUGGACAAAUCAUGAAAAGAUUGGAUAUAUUUCAGCAUCAUCAACAUUGACAACCCAUCCAAAACCAAUGGAACAUUCUCAGUUGAAAAACUUCAAUGCUCUCAUUCUAACGAGCUUAACCCAAACACCUUUAGCAAAUCCAGAUACUAUGUUGGGAGAAUUAUGUGUUACUGUUGCAUUAACUGUUCGUAAUGGAGGAAAUGUUCUCAUCCCAUGCUAUCCAUCUGGUGUCACUUUUGAUUUAUUUGAGUGUUUAUCUUUACAUCUGGAAUCUACUGGUAAUCUGACAGUCCCUAUGUUUUUUCUUUCACCUGUUGCUGAAAAUUCUUUAGCUUACUCUAAUAUUUUAGCAGACUGGCUUACACAGAGUAAGCAGUGUAAAGUUUAUACUCCAGAAGAACCAUUUCCUCAUGCUCAUUUGGUUAAAGGUGGAAGACUGAAAGCUUUUUCUAGUUUGAAAGAUGAAGCAUUUAGCCAGGAAUUUCGCACUCCAUGUGUUGUAUUUGCUGGACAUCCUUCACUGCGUUUUGGUGAUUGUGUGCAUUUUAUGGAACUGUGGGGAAAUAGUCCAAAUAAUGUUAUUGUAUUCACUGAACCAGAUUUUCCUCAUCUGGAAGCUCUUGCACCUUAUCAACCUCUUGCAAUGAAAGUUGUGUAUUUUCCCAUUGAUACUAGUUUGAGUUUUAAUCAGGCAAAUAAGCUGAUUCGAGAAUUAAAACCCAGUCAUCUUUUAUUGCCAGAACAAUAUACUGUUCCAUCACCCUCUUAUCGGCAUAGACCUGACCAGAGCCUCUCUGUUGAAGCUGAUUGUAAUCUUAUUCCUUUUAAGCGUGGGGAUAUUGUUAAAUUACCUAUUAAGCGAAAAUGGGAACAGAUGAACAUGGAUUCUGAAGUUUGCGAGAGGCUGGCCCAAUAAUUAGAAAUUGGUUCCAUAAUUGGCUUACCUUGGAAUGGAUGACAUUUAGCAAUCUUGCAACAUCAAAUUAUUGUUGACCUGCUCCUAAUUGGCUAAUGGUAAGUGUCACCUCAUUUUUACACUUUGGCUGUCUCAGAAAUCUUUAAUAUACCAUUGUUCACUGAAUAGCGAUUCCCUCUAAAUUGCUUGUUUUAAGCUGUAUGAUAUGUGUGUAAAGCAUUGGCAAAACCACAUUUUUUUAAAUAAUGCUAUUCAGGGCAAUUUGCAUUUAUUUGUAACGUAUCCAAAUUAAAAAAAAAAAAAAAAAAA